AUGGUUCAGAGGCUAGAGAAGGAGGCUGCUCAGGCUCAGAUAAACUUUGCAGCAACCCUGGAAGCGGAGCAAAACCGCCUUGUUGCUAAGAGUGACGCUGACAAUGACGCCCGUAUGAAGAUUGCCUGGGCUGCCUUGUACCCAGACGCGGAUUACAGCAUCUGGGCACUGGCGCACAGCUAUGCCGAGUACGUGGUGUACUUGAGAGAACAAGGUGAGCCAGAGCCUGCCUCUUUCGAAGCCUGGGUCAACUCCAACAACGAGCCGUCCGUGCCUGAGCUUCCUAGUCCUGGUGAAGCACAGGAGAUACCCUCAGAUGAUGAGGAGGAGGACCAGGAGGCACCGUCUGCAGUUAAUCCAUUCCUAUAUAGAAGAUUUAUCACUCAACUUUCAGACAUUCUGCUUGAGAUUGAAUCCUCAUUCCUUCGUGCCCAGGUUAGGGGUUACAAUGUUCAAAUUCCUAUUUUACUCUAUCAUUCAUUCUCUUCAUCUCCUCAACAUCGAAAUUUUUGGAUUAGUAUGGGCCAACAUGUUUUGGGAAAACGGGGUCGAUGUCCGGAUACUCAACAAAUUGCGGAAAUUUCAAGGACAUGCUCCGAUUCAAGGCUAAUUGGUACCGGAAUGGUUCCAAAAACAAUAGAGUUACAUCCCGGACUCUUCAUGGAUGACAGUUUGACUUUGGGAGGUGUUGUGAAAGCAAAAGGGCAAGUGAUUAACCAAUACUCAUCUGCAAUGCGUAGACCCCCAAAUAUGACUUGUCGGGUUGAGUCUUUUGGAAGAAUAUGCCAGAAAUUUGAUGAACAAAGGAAACGAUGGGUUUGUGAUAUGGGGUUUGGGGGGCUGCUACAUUUUGCUUCACAUAUGCACUUACCCCGACAGUUAGCUUACUGGGUAAUGACCCGUAUUGAUCCUAUUAAUCGGUGUUUCAUUGGAACUAAUGGUUGUUCGGUUUCCUUUUCGAAGAAUCAAGUGCAUUGGAUCUUAGGAAUUCCUACAUCCAAGGAUAUGUCAGGUGUAGUUAGGAUGAAGGUCCAAAAAAAUUUAUUAAAGUACGGGAGGUCGUGGGAGACAAAAGCUAAUAAACAUUGUUCAAGGACAUAUACUUCUGUUGGCAUUCCUGUUACAGGGAUCAUGAUGGAUAGAUUGGAGGGACACUUUGAUGCACACCAGGAAGAAGAAUUCAAAACCUUGUUCCUAAUUAUAUCCUUGAAAAUGAUAUUGUGUCCAACACAAUCUCCCAGAUUGUCAACUGAUUUGUUACCCGCUCUGAGUUGUUGUAUGGACAGCCAAGACUAUGAUUGGUGUGACUUGGUGCUAAGCAAAUUUUUGGAAAGUGUCUCCAAUUUUGCACGACGGUUUUAUGUCAAUGGAUUUGCAGGUGGAAGCGGUGGCUGUUCAAUUUUUGCAGUUAUAUUCUAUCUUGAUCGAUUAAACUUGGAUCCCAAUGCUUGGGAUACCUAUCCACGAGUGAAGGCUUGGACCAUGCAAAGAAUUGGGUAUGCUGGCAAGCUUGACCGAACCUAUAGUGGUGACUAUGGAAAACUCGGUGUUAUUGAUGUAGCUUACGGUGAAAGACAUCCUAAGCUAGCACGGACCACCUCAUUGUCCAACUUAUGAUGAUGUUUCGGCACUCGUACCGAGUAGUGGUAGAGGUAGGCGUAGACGGUCGGAUUUAAAUGGGUUACGUUGGUGUUCGAGGUACUUGUACGAUGGUACCUCCCCCUCCCAACCAGGUGACGUUUCAACAAAUGCGGAAGGUGACGAGUAUUGAAUGUUAUACAUCGUUUCUUCGUGUUUUAAUUGGCUCAUUGAGUUGGUAGCAAAACUUUUUAAUUUGUGUUUUAGAUUCAUGUAUAAUUGUACUCACUUCCAAAAUACAUGUCUUGCAACUACAUGUCUUGAUAUUUAGUUGUAUUCUUAUAUUGUUAUAAUUUGUUAUAACUUGGGUUUAUAUUCUUUAUUAGUAGGGGCCCAAGUAUUGAGUAGUUGGUCAAAGUGAUGUGGCCCAUCGAAAUUG